GCCAGAGAAACAUUAACCUUGGGUUCUGCUCUCCUGUGGGGAUCCAGCGGGACGGAGAGUGAGUGCCCUGCAGAAACAGCCGAAGGCUGAAUAAAAGGUGCAAACAGCAAUGCAAAUUCCCAUUUUUACGGUUGAUGCAUUUACGAACCAGCCAUUUUCUGGGAAUCCUGCGGCAGUUUGUCUCCUUGAAAAUGACUUGGCUGAAGAUUUGCACCAAAAAAUCGCAACAGAAAUGAAUCUUUCAGAAACUGCGUUCAUCAGGAAACUGCACCCUGGAGAUGACUUUACCAAAAGUUCCUGCUUUGGACUCAGAUGGUUCACCCCAGCCAAUGAAGUUCCUCUCUGCGGUCAUGCUACACUUGCAUCAGCUGCUGUGUUAUUUCACAUACAAAAAAACACAAAUUCAGUUCUUACAUUUGUGACGCUUAGUGGUGAACUAAAAGCCAGACGAGCGGGAGAUCAUAUUGUCCUGGACUUGCCACGUUACUCAACCUACCCACAGGUAUUUCAGGAAGUAGAAGAGUUAAUAAAGGCAGCUGUUGGUGACUUGGUUGUUCAAGAUCUCCGGUACUCUCCUGACACAAAGAAACUCUUAGUCCGCCUGAGUGAUGCUUAUGAAAGGUCUGUAUUGGAAGAACUGCAAGUCAAAGCACAACAGUUUUUGACAGUUGAAAAGACGGGAAAGGUGAAAGGACUCAUACUGACUCUGAAGGGAAAUUCUAGUGGAAAACAUAAAGGCCAUGAUUUUUACUCCAGAUAUUUUGCACCUUGGUAUGGAGUUCUGGAAGACCCUGUUACAGGAUCUGCCCAUGCGGUUUUAAGCAGCUACUGGUCAGAGCAGCUGGAGAAGAAAGAAAUGCUUGCUUUUCAAUGUUCCCGACGUGGAGGAGAGUUGAAGAUUUCACUGCGUGAUGAUGGAAGAGUGGACAUUGCGGGGCAAAUUGCUAUUGUAUUAAAAGGAAACCUGACUUUCUGAAAAAAUUGGCACUACCCAUUUAAUCUCCUAUACCUUCAAAUUAUUCGUAUGCUGAUUGUACCUCAGCUCUGGGCAGUGAAUCACCGUUAGCCUCAAAAGGCUUUGCCUAUGUUAUGGUCCAUUUAAACAAAUCACUUGAAAAUGCUCCCUUCUGGUCUUCAAGAUCCUUGAUGUUUUUUUCUUCGCUUUUGUCUUGCCGCUUCAUACAUACACUGACCUCAGAAACUGUCCAAGGACAGCUAUAUUGUUUUUCUCCUUCUAAAUGAUUCUUUUCUUUAUUUCCAAAUGCCACCUUAAAAGCCAUUCCUGCUUCCUGGAUUGAAUUGUAAACUUUUCUCAUUGAUAAUAUAACGAAACUUUUUCCAUGUUACUAUUCUCAAUGAAAUCUGACUACAGUCCGUUCUUAAAACGAAGCCAAACCACUUUUCUCUGCAUUAGAUUGAAAUAAUGCUCAAAUGUUCAUUAAUUUACUUGAAUUAAAGUAUGAAAAAAAUAGAAAUGGUUUAGAGAUGUGGUUUAUGGCUGUCUUCUAUGAACAGUGCAUUUCAAAAGUGGAUGAUAUCGCAGUGGCUCGGAGUACUGCAGCUUGGUCAAUAUUUUUAAUUAAAGUUUUAGCGGAAAGAUUGAGGAGAUUGACAUAGCGAUGCACAUAACAUUGGUUAAAAUCUGAAAGAAGACUUUAUUGGUUACAGUAAAUAUAAUUCACUUUUCCAAGGCUGAAAAUCUGCUCCUAAAUUAAAAGUUUCUCCUGUAAUUUCCUUAAUGAAGUGUGCUGCUUCAGGUAUUUUCACUUUUUACUUUAGUGUUCUUGUCUUUCUCUGGAUUUAUGAGGAAUAUUGAACUGUUUCAGUUACUCUUGGUAAAACUCGGUUUUUCCUUUCAAAUCCCUUUGUCCUAAGCUUUGCUUUAGUUCUUUUUCUUUGCCGUAUUUCAUGAUGAAGUAUUUUGAACUCAAAGGCAUUUUCAUGCCAUGGGAACAGCUGGAUGUCAGUCCUUUAUGAAUGAUGAGGAACUUAGUUGUGCCAAGUUCCCCUGUUUCCAGUUACUUUGAAUUUUAUUGUAACUCAUAACGUACACUUUACUUAUGUCCAAGUAGCAGGGGGCAAAUUACAGUGUGAGAAUCCUAGGAGUCAUUUGAAAUGGAAGUUUCUAGUUCCUACUGCUACAUGGAGCAUAUAGAAGAUAUGAGUUAAAUGCACUACAGAUCUCAGGCUGAGUCCAAGCAAAAGCAACCUUCAAACAGAAAUGAGUGUCCUUUUUCCAUUCAAUCUUGCUGAAGUUCAUGGAUCUGAAAUGUGCUUUAUGAACAUGGAAUUAUCAUCAGCUGCCAGACGCGGCUGUGGAGGCAGCGUAUGAGCAAUGGGCGUAGUUAGCAGCCACCUGGACCUUGCCCUCUCACAAAGCAAAUUGCUCUCUUCCUGGUGUAGCAGCUGGACCUUCUUGAGGAGCAAUACCACAAGCUUGUUUUGCUGCACUGGCUGCUUCCUACUGUCUUAUGCAAAGAGUAAACCUGGCCCAUAGUCUGAGGUGCUUUGGAAAAAAAACAAAGUUCCUUAAGAAUAUAAAUGAACUAAAGAAGCAAUUAUUGUUCACCUGUCCACAUUUAACAAAUAGACAGUACAAUUAAUUGUUUUACUCAAGAGGACUAAUAAUUUACAAAGCCCCGUAAAUUUUAAAUAUACUUGCUCUCUAAAUUUCCUGACCAAACCAAUAUCUUUGCUGCUUAUUGCAUUUUUUUUAUAGUUUACUCCUACUUAGUCUUCUAUUUCUGUUCAGGAUAGAAAAAUCACCAGAGCUCAGGUGGGAGACCACGCAGUAAUGUGUUUCUAAUCAACAGAUUAGUUAAUCAGCCAUGAUUUAUUAAUGAUGAAUUAAUUAUACCUGAUUGUGCAGUUCUGCUGCCUAAAUGGAGCUUUAAAGGAGUUAUUUUAUUAAUCAUCAUUGUGCUAAUUGCAGACACAGAAGGAUUGCUAAUUAAACAUGCAACCGUAUGCAAAACAGGCAGGGCUGCUGAGAGUGGCAAGAAAAAGAGCCCUUGUUUUCUGAGUAGCAACUUUAUUCUCCUGAAGCAUCACGUAGAUGACCUGGUGAUCUGAACUAUUCACUAAAACUUAUUUUAAUACAUUGUACAAUUUCAGUCAACAGUAAAGGAAAUGAGUAGUUGUGACAAAUUCUGACUUCCUAGUGCAAAAAAUGCAUUGCAUGAUCUUCAAAUAAAACUUUUUAGAAUUUAUGUGGCCUCGAUUUUCAUGUGAAGGAUUUACCUGUUGUAUUUAUUAAAUGUAUGUACUUAAUUGUCUUAACUUUCAGCAAGAUCCUGAAUACUGUUAAUUUAGCACCAAAUGAAAUGUCUGAUUAUACCUUAAAUGAGAAUUCAGCCUCAGAAUUGUGUGAGUUUCACAUAAAGAAAAAAGGAACAUACUGACAAAAUUGAUUUCAAGACCCAAAGUAGGCAGGAAGGAAACCGUAGUUAAGGUAGAUUUCUGUGAAAAAACUACUAUAAUUUAAAUAAACAUCAGCGCCAUUUGAUUUUUAACCUGUGCAGCACUAUUCUUAUUUCUUUAUAAUGCAAAAUAGAGUCUUUACGUGCUUUAGAGUGUCAAGCAGACUUCAUUAUCGUGGACUUUCUGUAGACUCUUAAUGCAAGUUGUGAGGCCUUCCUAAUUAAUUAAAUAGGACUUUGUUUAAGGGAGAUUUCCUGGACUGCCUAUAUAAUAUCACCAUUAUUAGCAUAUAAAUUUAGAAUUUAAUGUUUCCUUAAGGAAAUAGAUAAAUUGCAAAUAAAAUACUGAAUCAAAAGAUCGGUUAAGUCAAGGUGAUAAGUGGAAGGUUGGAGAAGUGUGGAGUCUCUCUGGUGUUUCUGGUACAGAGGAUUUGCAGAAUU